AUGAAGCCCAUCUUAUACUAUUUUCCUAUUAGUAUACCUUCCAGAGGAGCAUAUUUAGCGGCUAAAGCAGCGGGCGUUGAUGUAGAUAUACGGAUUCUUGAUGUAAUAAAAGGAGAACAAUUCACAGAAGACUUUUUAAAGAUUAAUCCUCAACAUACUGUACCUACUUUGGUUGAUGGAGAAUAUACUGUGUGGGAUAGUCAUGCUAUUGGAGGAUAUCUGGCAACAGUAUACUCAAAUAAUGACAAUUUAUAUCCUAAAGAUCCAAAAAAGAGAGCUCUUGUAGAUCAAAGAUUAUUUUUUGAUUGUGGAACAUUAUAUCCAAGAAUCUGGGCUAUUGUUUAUCCAAUUUCACAUAAAGGUGAAGAUCAAAUUUAUGAUGAACAUAAACGUUAUUUAGAAGAGGCCUUAGGAUUUUUGAAUGUAUUUCUCGAGGGUAAUGAUUUUGUAACAGGGAAACAUCUAACAAUUGCUGAUUGUUCUUUAGUAGCGACAGUAUCUAGUAUAGUGGCAAUAGGAUGGGACAUUAGUGCUUACUCUAACAUCGCUAAUUGGUUAGCAAGAUGUACAUUGGCUAUUCCAGAUUAUGAAGAAGCAAAUCAAAAGGGAGCAGAUUUAUUUGGUAAAUUAAUAACAAGUAAAUUGGCCCCUGGACAACUAUAA